UUACUAUUACUCUUUCAUGCCCUGGGUCAACGGCUGGCCUGGGCGGUCGCGAGUCGCGCGCCAUGGACAUGGACAAUGCGAACAUCGACACCCAGAGAUGCCCCAGAGACGGUGAUGCCACCGCUCAUCAGACCUGACACGGUCACUGCAGAACAGACAGACCGCUCGUCCGCCUUGCAAGGCCCAAGGCAUAAGGUCUGCCAUCACCCAGCACGAUGGGAGUCGACUCAGUCAUGGCGCCAUCGCCCUGGAUGAAACUCCCCAAACAGGAAAGCCGCAACGCACUAAGCACCAGGCCAGAGGCGUGCACGAGCUCGCAGGGCUCGCAAGUCCGAGGCGUGCGAACGGCGCUCGGCCCGGACUUGUCUUGCCUGCUUGCCUCGUCUGCCUUCUCUGCCUUCUCUGCCUUCUCGAACACAGCGCCUGGUCCGACAACCAUGAGGAACCAUGCCAGAUUGGCUUGGCGGCUGCCGCGUGGGGGAACGGUCCCUUGAUUUUCUUCGUCAUCCUGCCCGGCUGCCCGGCCUACCCCUGAGCCCUCGCAACGUCGACCGGACUAUCGUCGGCCACUUGUUAGUGCCAGCCUGGCCGCCAGGCCGCCUGCCAGCCUUUCUGCGCCGGGAUCGUGUGUUCCAGGCGCUCCACUGCCUCAUCUGGUUCCCGCCAGGAUGGAAACGGUGCGAGCGCGGGAGGACUCGCCCCAGCCGUGGGAGGCUCCAGUUUUCCUCCACUCACCGUCUUUCCUCACUGGCUGCUCAUCACGAUGAUCAGUGCAGGCCGUCGGUUUCCUUUCGUCACAGCUUCUUGUCGAGAUACGCUGCGCUACGGCAUCUGUGCUCUUCAUAUCUCUCUUCAUAUCUCUCCUGCAACUCUCCUUCUUGUCGUGAGCCGGAACCCUGAGAGGCAUGACAAGUGUCCCACUCUUGAUGACCGCCCGUCCGGAGAAGCAGUGAUCAUCAAUCUCCCCUGCCUCUUGAGUCUCGCCUCCCCGCGAAUAAUCUCGCGCCCUCCUCGCGGUCUCGGUCCCUUUUCCCAGCCCAACUCGAACCUGCUGCCCUGCCAGCUGCCCCGUUCCGUUGGCCGUCCCUCCUGCCUGUCGCCCUUGCCGCUCCACUCCCGUUCUUUCUCCCAUCUUCCUGCAGCAUCCGCGGCGGAUAUCACACCACGACUCGACAGACCAUCCAACCUCGUGGUCUGUUUUCCUUGUCCUAACGCCACCCUCCAUCUCUUUUCAUCGCCUUGCUGUUCCAACCCAAGGCUCGCCAAUCAACCUACAUCAUCUCUAUCGUCCCCUACGAGAACAAUUAUACUCUCUAGAGCGUACCAUUCCCCUUGCACACACCAAUCCCGCACAGCAAGAACACACAGUUCCUAUCUCGGAAGCCCUCCCCCGGAGACCCCAUGGUGUCGCUAGUGAGGAGACCUCCGUCGAACAUCCAGGAAACCGUUGUCGGUGCGCCUAGCCCCUGACUUGCAUACCGGUACAUCGUAAUACGAUAUCUGCCCUCGCUUGCCCCGGUGUGGCCAAGCCUUGACAUAUAUAUCCACAACGGGACCCCAGAUUCUCGUCCCCGCCAGCCAGCAGGAAGCCGCUCAAACACUACGUCAGACGCCAGCACCACUCAAGACCGCUCCACAUUAUAAGCCGACCACCGUUCGAGUACACAACAACCACCAGAAGACAAUUGACCCUCACCAACAAGUCAAGAAUAUCACCCAGCACCCAAGUCAGUCAACAUGAAGGUGGACAGUGAUUAUUCCCAGGGGCCCACCCUCACUCAAGGGAUGUCCAAGGGCUUCACGCCGCUCUCCAGGCAAAACUCUGGAAUCUUCACCAAGGAGGAACAAGUUUUGGCAAGAAACCCGCACACCGCUAGGAGACUUCCUCAGCGGUCACGAACCACCCACGAGCACAUCCCGUUGGGGCCACAAGUCCUGACUUUCACGAGGCCCCAACCUCAGCAGUAUGCCUCUACCUCUACUGUUCCGACCCACAACACAGUCGGUGCUGGGGCCGUCACGGAGGAGACACAGGCUCAGAGCGCCUCUGUCCCGAGUCCCGACGCGCAGAGUCUGCAGAACGAGAGUGCCGACUCGGUCGCACCACUCGAGAGCAGCAGGCCUCCCCAGCCCCGUAGGCCGAAGCUGGGCCCCCCGCGCCGCUCCUACUCGGUCACAGACUGCGAGCCAGUCCCGCCCGAGCAGCGUCCCGCCUCGGGCCCCCUGACGCUGUCCACGAUCCCGGCUGAGCUCCACUACGCCGUCUUUGACUUCCUGGACCCAAUUGACUCUGCGUGCCUGGGGCUCACCAACAGCCACUUCUACGCCAUCCACCGGCGCAUGCACGGGUCGGUGCCGCUGAGCUCGCGGCGUGACGGGCCCAACGAGCUGGAGUGGGCCUGGCACCUCGCCAGCAGGCCCAUCGCCGGCCACGGCGGCGCCAGCACCAGCUCGGCGACGACCAACACGCUGGGCGCGGGCGACAAGGCCAGCCUCGCGUCACUGCGGGUCCACGGCAAGGGUCUCUGCAGGAAGUGCGGCGUGAGCCGGUGCGAGCUCCACAAGCACAUCCGCGAGUGGGUGCCGGAGACGCACGAGUACUGCUCGGUCCGGGACAAGUUCGUGCCCAGGCCCGGCGAGGAGGCGAAAGCUCACUGCUACAUGAGCAACCCCAGGAACUCAUCCCGCUGCGGGCGGCACCGUCUGAGGAAGGACUAGGGGCUUGUGGUAGGCAGAGAUGGGAAUAUACCAAUGUCUUUCUGGCGUUAUGGUUGGAUAUGAUGCUAUGCAAAAUAAGAUCUGCUCGGAGAGGACGAGUUGAGAUGACACAAGGAAGAGGGCACAGAGCUGGAAAUUUAAUUGGUGUAUCGUGAUCGCACUGCAUCCUAGAUGAGUAGAGACGAGUCACACAGCAUUAGACAGCAUCAUAGAUUGUGCAUAUCUGUUGUACGCACUGCAUACGAUACGAACUUUCUAUAACCCGUACUGUGCGAAGGUACUUACGGGAACCCAGCCGUAGGUCAGCUGGCUUGUGUGGCAUCCUGCGGGUAAGGAUGUUUAGGUUUCUGUUGUCUUGCUGGUCGUGAGAUGUGGUGCGGGUGAUAUCAGGUCAGAGCCCACAUGCAAGACCACCUGGGCAGCCUUGCUGUUCGCUUCGCGGCCUCGGCAUCUGUUCCUCAACGUCCUAUGGGAUAACGUCCAAUGGGAUGUAUACUGAAGUAACCUCGUGUGGGAUGGCCUCCUAAAGGACAGCCUCCUAAGAAGAUCCACCUCCCCUAGGAUCACCUCAUGGGGGAUGAACUCUUAUAGAAAACCUCCUAAGGUAUCAUGGUUUAUAUAAAAAGGAGGGAUCGAACUCUUGCGUGACCGAGUACCGAGAUAAUCGGCGGGAACACAGCAGUGCCGC